CCGCCCGAGCUUGUGGUGGCUACAGUUGGCGUUGGGGCUUAGACUAGGGACGUUGCCGGGAAGUUGUAGAAGGGACGACUCUUCCCCAUCCCGCCACCUGACAGGUCACAAACAUGUCGGACAAAAGUGAAUUAAAGGCUGAAUUGGAACGUAAGAAACAGCGAUUGGCCCAAAUCAGAGAGGAAAAGAAGAGAAAAGAAGAAGAAAGGAAAAAAAAAGAAACUGAUCAGAAAAAGGAAGCUGUUGCUCCUGUGCAAGAAGAAUCAGAUCUUGAAAAGAAAAGAAGAGAAGCUGAAGCAUUGCUUCAAAGCAUGGGGCUAACUACAGAACCCCCCAUUGUCCCUCCUCCUAUGUCUCCAUCUUCCAAGUCUGUGAGUACGCCAAGUGAAGCUGGAAGCCAAGACUCUGGAGAUGGUGCCGUGGGAUCUAGGACGCUGCAUUGGGAUACAGAUCCAUCAGUUCUUCAGCUUCACUCAGAUUCCGAUUUGGGACGAGGACCUAUUAAACUUGGAAUGGCCAAAAUUACGCAAGUUGACUUUCCUCCUCGAGAAAUUGUCACAUAUACUAAGGAAACUCAGACUCCAGUUAUGGCUCAACCCAAAGAAGAUGAAGAGGAAGAUGAUGAUGUAGUGACUCCUAAACCACCUAUUGAACCUGAAGAAGAGAAAGUUUUAAAAAAAGAUGAAGAAAAUGAAAGUAAAGCUCCGCCUCAUGAGCUGACUGAAGAAGAAAAGCAACAAAUCUUACACUCAGAGGAAUUUUUAAGUUUCUUUGACCAUUCUACAAGAAUUGUAGAAAGAGCUCUUUCUGAACAGAUUAACAUCUUCUUUGACUAUAGUGGGAGAGAUCUGGAAGACAAAGAAGGAGAGAUUCAAGCAGGUGCUAAACUAUCAUUAAACCGGCAAUUUUUUGAUGAACGUUGGUCAAAGCAUCGGGUUGUUAGUUGUUUGGAUUGGUCAUCUCAGUAUCCCGAGUUACUUGUGGCUUCCUAUAAUAACAAUGAAGAUGCUCCUCAUGAACCUGAUGGUGUUGCCCUUGUAUGGAAUAUGAAAUACAAAAAAACUACUCCAGAGUAUGUGUUCCACUGCCAGUCAGCUGUGAUGUCUGCUACAUUUGCAAAAUUUCAUCCAAAUCUUGUUGUUGGUGGUACAUAUUCAGGCCAAAUUGUGCUUUGGGAUAACCGUAGCAAUAAAAGAACACCAGUGCAGAGAACUCCACUGUCAGCUGCUGCACACACACAUCCUGUCUAUUGUGUAAAUGUCGUUGGAACACAAAAUGCUCACAAUCUGAUCAGCAUCUCCACUGAUGGAAAAAUAUGUUCAUGGAGUCUGGACAUGCUUUCCCACCCACAGGAUAGCAUGGAGUUGGUUCACAAACAGUCAAAGGCAGUAGCUGUGACAUCUAUGUCUUUCCCUGUUGGAGAUGUCAACAACUUUGUUGUUGGGAGUGAAGAAGUUUCUGUGUACACAGCAUGCCGCCAUGGCAGCAAAGCUGGAAUUAGUGAGAUGUUUGAGGGACAUCAAGGACCAAUCACUGGCAUCCAUUGUCAUGCAGCUGUUGGAGCAGUAGACUUCUCACAUCUUUUUGUCACUUCAUCAUUUGACUGGACAGUAAAACUUUGGACAACUAAGAAUAACAAGCCUUUAUACUCAUUUGAAGAUAAUUCAGACUACGUUUAUGAUGUUAUGUGGUCACCCACCCACCCAGCCCUGUUUGCCUGUGUUGAUGGCAUGGGGAGAUUGGAUUUGUGGAAUCUCAAUAAUGAUACAGAGGUACCAACUGCCAGCAUUUCUGUGGAGGGUAAUCCUGCUCUUAAUCGUGUAAGAUGGACCCAUUCUGGAAGAGAGAUUGCCGUGGGUGAUUCUGAAGGACAGAUUGUUAUAUAUGAUGUGGGAGAGCAGAUUGCCGUUCCCCGCAAUGAUGAAUGGGCACGAUUCGGCCGAACACUCGCAGAAAUUAAUGCAAACCGAGCUGAUGCAGAAGAGGAAGCAGCUACCCGAAUACCUGCUUAGUUCCUAAAAAGAGGAGUAUAGCCUUUAGUGGACUGGGGGAAGGCUCUACAGUAGAUCCUAAGACUAUUUGCAUGCUUUUGUCUAAAUGAUAAUUAAAGAGAAAUUUCAUGGAAAAA